CGAAUGGCAGCUCUUUCUCCGCCGUCACAGUUUUGUUGACCUUGUGUCAAUCUCCUGUCGCCAGUGUUUGUCGCGAGCCCUUCCUCCCCCUCCCCCCAGGCCUCGGGUGGAGAGCAAUUAACUUCAGAAUCGUCGGUCGUGCGGGAAGGCCGCUGGGUUCCUCGCUCCUGGGCGCCCCCUACCGGCGGUGUCCGAGGCUGUUGCAGGAGAAGCCCCGGGGAGGCCCACGCACUGGAGUGGGAGGGAGGCUCGUGGUAGAACUGCCCGGUGGUGCCCUGGACAGGGACCUUGGCGGGAGGGACCGAGGAAGGAAGACCCGGGGACGGGGACACCCCGUUGGGAAAUCUGGCCUCUGAAAAGAGUGGCAGGACAUCGGGAGGGGAAGGAGUCAAGCAAGGUCCAGAAGCUACUUGUGGAAACCCGUGCCAUAAAGUUAGGGCUUUUGCUUCAGCUUUGAUGACUCCUGAAGGACCCCGUGACCAUCCUGAUAGGCUAGGAUUUCAUUACUGGUGCGCAGGCCCCUUGAUGAGAACGCUCUUGGGGUGCUGUUGAUGGGUAGCGUCCUCGUUGUCUAGGAAAUGCAGUUAUCUCAGCAGUUGGACCUGUUUCCUGAAUGCAGAGUGACCCUUCUGUUAUUUAAAGAUGUAAAAAAUGCAGGGGACUUGAGAAAAAAGGCCAUGGAAGGAUCUCUCAGUGGCUCAUUGAUAAACCCUCAUGUGAUUGUCGAUCCAUUUCAGAUACUGGUGGCAGCAAACAAAGCUGUUCAUCUCCACAAGCUGGGAAAAAUGAAGACAAGAACUCUGUCCACUGAAAUUAUCUUCAACCUCUCCCCUAAUAACAACGCAUACAAACUGUCACCACAAGAAGAGAGCAUUGGGACGUUAUUGGAUGCUAUCAUUUGUAGGAUGUCAACAAAGGAUGUUUUGUAAGAUGCCCCAAAAUACUAAGAUACGGUCUCAGAGUUAACCACUAGCUGUUCUUUCCUGGUUAUGAAAUUAACAUAUUCAUCACUGAAAGGGGAAAAAGAAACCACAUCAGCCCCUUUUUUCACGUCUUAGAGAUAAUUCCUGUUGUGGUAUUUGGCAUUGUCUUCUAGUCUUCUGUUUGUACUUGAAUGUAUUUAUUUUUAUACAAUUGAAAUAAAAAGUGUAAGCACCUAA